AAAAAAAAAAAGGUUCUAUAUAUACUUCAUGCACGUUCCCGUCGGUCGUUCCCAUAUAUAAAUAUUUUCGUGUCAUGUGAUCUCGUGCGACCAUUAAUGAUCGUCAUAUUUCACAAGGUUUACAUGAUAAAUGGCCAUUUUAUAGAUGUUAACUCGCUUUUUUAAAACCAUGGAGCAACAACUUAAAACAGAAUUAGAUCUUGAUGAUUUAGUAAAUCUUGAAUCAAUGUUUAUAGAGAUUGGUAAAGAAGAUGGAGUAAAAGAUGGGGUAAAGUCAGGAAAAUUAGAAGGUUUCAUAUUAGGAUGUGAAAAAGGUUAUGAAAUAUCACAAGAAAUUGGAUUUUAUAAUGGUGUAGCAGAGAUGUGGUUAAAAAUUAUUGUUGACAAAGGAUGGAAUACACCUAAAAAAUCAAUAAAUGAAAGGAUAGUAAAACAAUUCAUAUCAUUAAGAGAAAUGAUUUCAUUAUUUCCAAGGGAAAAUCAACAAAAUAUUGAAUUUGUAGAAUUAUUAGAUAAGAUUAGAUCAAAAUAUAAGGUUUGCACUUCUUUAUUAGGAGUUGUUAAUUCCCAGAAAUUUAAAAAAGCUACUACCAGCACCGAAGAAAAUGAUACAUAUUAAUUAUAUCAUAAUAUAGUCUUUUAAAGUUUCAAAAAUUUUUCAAUCCUUUAUUUUAAAAAUAUUUAAAGUUUUGAUAAUACUACACUAACUCCAAUGUAUGGAAUGAACAAAUACAAAAAAAACUAUAAAUGUGUGUAAUAUAGUCU